GGCGCCCCUUCCCCUCUUCCUCCUCCCCUUCCUUCCGCCCGAAGUCUCCAUCUAAAACCUUCGCGUCGUCCCGCCUCCACUUUUGCCAUUUUCCCUCGCACAAUCCCCGCCGCCCUCAAACCCUAGUUCCCCCGCCGAGCCCAACGCGCUCGGCGGCGCCCUCUCAGAUCCAAUGGGGGCGGCGCCGUCGACACCGAGGCUGGGCGAGGCGGUUUCCGCGUCGCCGGGGGAGGCGCCGUCGACGCCGAGGCUGCGCGAGGCGGGCUCCGCGUCGCUGGGGGCGGCGGAGCAGAUGUUCGCCGCGCUCGUCGGCGACAAGGCCUACCCGAUCUCCUCCGAGUUCUGGAGGCAGCUGCUCGAGCUGCCCCUCACCCUGCAGGGGCCGCGGGACCGCGUGCUGCAGGCCUGCCACCCCUUCGCACAAAACAACUACCAUACGAAGUAUCUUGCAAAGAUCUUGAUUGAUUUGGUUUGGUGUUUGCAAGAGUGCACAUCGGCUUCUUCUGUAUCUUCUAGCGUCUAUAGAAAGGCUAUUAAUGCUGCCUACAUCUCAUCCAUAUUUCUCAAGCUCAUUACUGAGAACGCCAAGGCAGAUAAUUGGCAAGAGCUAUGCCUUGACACGAACAAAGAUGACAAGGGGCUGGAUAAUUUUCCUUCUGACCAAAGUGUGGAGUAUUUUCUGAUGAAAGGGGUGCGGAACUACAUUGGUAGUGUAGAUAUAAGUCCGGAGUCAUGCUACCUACAUCAGGAGCUUCUAAACUUGAUGCUAGUCCUUUUGUCGACUCAGUUAUGUUCUGGACCAUCUCCAGAACCAAAAGAUGUGCAUCCUUUCAUUGAUGCGGCUAUGCUUCAGGAUGCUUCCAUAGUAGCUUCGGUUGUUCAAAAGUUUCUACUUAAUUUUGUAAGAUGGCCACAAAUCCCUUCAAAUGGUUCACACCCUGUUUUCUCUGAUGAUGGUGGGUCUGGUGUUAUGCAACGAAUUGGUUCAGCAGCUGAAAUGAAUUAUGCUGCAGUUGAUCGUGCUGAUGUUGAGGGAAAUGCUCAAAAUGGACCUGUUGUCAGGCUGUCUUUUGCAUCGCUGUUUGAUGCUCUUGGCACAUGCUUAAAAGAUGAGAGCUCAGUUUUGUUGCUCUAUUCUCUGGUCCAUGGGAACUGCGAUUUUCAGGAGUAUGUUCUGGUUCGAACAGACUUGGAUACUUUGCUUAUGCCUACCUUUGAAAUGCUCUAUGAUGCAUCAAGGAAGACUUCCAAUCAGAUCUACAUGCUGUUGAUAAUUCUCCUGAUACCCAGUCAAGAUUCAACCUUCAAUGCUAAUGUGCACAAAUUGGAUGUCUACCUUCACACAAACUGUCUUGUAAUUCUAGCAAUCAUGGGUCCUCAUGCGCAUAGGCUGAGUGCAUAUGCAUCUCAAAGGCUGGUUAGCCUCUUCGACAUGCUUCCUCACAAGUACACCAAAUUAGCUGAGUUACAAAAUGACAAGGCUCUCAAAGUUAUGUCUGAUCAAAUAGAAGCAGACAUCACUUCAGAUGAAACGGCAUGUAUAAUCUCAAAGUGUGAAGAAUAUGGUUUCGCUGAAGGUGUUACUACAAAGGCUGCUGCAACAAGUGAUGCAAAUGCAAGCACCAUUGAAGAUGGCACAAAAACAGUAUCUUCGAAUCUUUCAUCAUCAAAAGUGGAAAGCACUCAGUUAUCAAGUGGCACUUAUGUAUCACUUGGGCAACAAAAAAAAUUAAUGAUUCAUAAGGGCUUUUGGUUCACUGGCUACUUAUUGUUGAUCAUUGUAUCCAUGUUUCUCCCUUUGUCCGAGGCAAGACAGAUUGUACAACUUUCAGAGUCCGAGUUUUGCAGUAAUCAUUACUUGUUAUCUAGGAAAAUUGCUGUAGCGUGCAUUCCAACACAGCCAGAACCUAUUUGCUGUGAACUUUUAGUUCCAGCUUUGGAUUCUAAAGGCUGUAUUUGCAAAUUGAUGAAUGACGGUACAGAAUUGGAUAACUUUCUCAUGAAAUAUACGUCGUGUGGAGGGCAACAUCCAGAAUUACUUGAAGAUGCACAGAAUUGCUCAUCGGCACCAACAGCGACAGUGACUGAAGUUGCUCCGACCCAGAAGAUACCUGAAGUGGCUAUUAUUGCUAGCAAACCAAAGAAUGUCAAAUCUCUUCGUUGGCUUUUAGUGCUCUUACUGGCUGUGGUGCUAAUAGGAUUGCUUUUUUGGGGUACUCUUGAGCUGAAGAAAAGAAGAGAAGCUGGGAGAGUUGGACCUCAAACUCAGGAAGUUCAGUUAGGUCGCAGAGUGACCGUGCAGGCACGGCAAACUGCAGAUGAUUCAAUACGUAAUCAACACGUCGACAUUCCUAUUCUUGAAGAUCUGCCGUUUGUUGGUCCGAUGACGAGAAAUCGUUUCAAUUCACUGAAAGAGAGAGCCGCGGGAACUAAGGAAUCAACUAGUGACUGAGCUUGAACACACACGGGUCUGGUCAGCUUGAACUUGCAUUUCUUGCACGCAGUAGUCCGUCGUAGGCAGUCCAGCUAGCUGCUCAGGCAAGGACACAGGGUUUCAGUCCUCAUCUAUGUUGCUCUCAAGAAGUUCAUCUGACCAUAUCAUCAUUAUCCCUGUCACAAUGCAGAAUUUUGAUCAAUUCAAGUACUUCCAGCAGACGCACAUGAUCGUUGUACACUAUCCCUGUCACAAUGUAUAUAUCCUGUUUUUGAAUUUCUGGGAUGAUCGUUCUACAAUAUCUCAAUGCAAUAGAAAUCUUCAGAAAGUUUGUUGUAGUUAUCUUUCAUACUGUAUAACCGAACAGGGACAAAAGUAUUUCUUUACUUUAUGUCAUAUUCCUAGCCUGGCACGAUCGUUGUACACUAUCCCUGUUACAAUGCAUAUAUCCUGUUUCUGAA